AACCCUUGCACAUGUCUCUGUGUGUGUGUGUGUGUUUGUGCACCCUCAGCUUCCGCCUCUGCUUUCCUGCUUCCGUCUGCUAGAGAUGCAGCCGCUGUUGUCUGCUCUGCUCUUCUGGGAGGAAAUGGUGAGGUGAGACUGCCAGGUGCCAGCAGUUUCAGGAGCCUCCAUGCUGUGCUUUUACCCUGCUUGCUGCAUUGUGACUGCUGGGCGAAAGCAUGGAGACUGUACAGCUAAGGAAGAACCCCAGGAGACAUCUGAAGAAGCUGAGUGAAGAAAGUCUCAAUAAGCAGCCGGAAGAAGUGUUUGAUGUCCUCGAGAAACUUGGGGAAGGGUCCUAUGGCAGCGUAUAUAAAGCGAGCCACAAAGAAACAAGCCAGAUUGUUGCCAUUAAGCAGAUUCCCGUGGAGUCUGACCUUCAAGAGAUUAUCAAGGAAAUUGCCAUCAUGCAGCAGUGUGAUAGCCCGCAUGUGGUGAAGUACUACGGGAGUUAUUUUAAAAACACAGAUCUGUGGAUCGUAAUGGAGUUCUGUGGAGGGGGAUCCGUCUCUGACAUUAUCCGACUCCGGAAACAGACGUUAAAAGAGGAUGAAAUUGCAACUAUUCUGCAGUCGACCCUCAAGGGACUGGAGUAUCUUCACUUUAUGAGAAAGAUUCACCGAGACAUAAAGGCUGGGAAUAUAUUGCUGAGUUCUGAAGGCACCGCCAAGCUGGCUGACUUUGGAGUGGCUGGGCAGCUCACAGAUACAAUGGCAAAGCGCAACACAGUCAUCGGGACGCCAUUUUGGAUGGCCCCAGAAGUGAUCCAGGAAAUCGGAUAUAAUUGCGUGGCUGACAUCUGGUCCCUCGGUAUCACCGCAAUUGAAAUGGCGGAAGGAAAACCCCCAUAUGCCGAAAUUCAUCCAAUGAGGGCAAUAUUCAUGAUACCUUCCAACCCGCCCCCUACAUUUAGAAAACCCGAACUCUGGUCCAAGGAUUUUGUGGACUUCAUUAAUUUAUGUCUUGUGAAGAACCCUGAACUGAGGUCCAGUGCCACGGAGCUACUGCAGCACCCCUUCGUCAAAACAGCCAAAGGGGAAUCCAUUCUGCGUCACUUAAUAAACGAAGCCCAGGACGCGAAGUUGAAGAGGACGGAGCUGAAACAGAGAGAAGUGGAGCCCGAAGAGGAAGAGAAUGUGGACGAGGACGAGGCGGACGUUGGUACCAUGGUUCAAGCAGGUGCCAAAGAUCUGAACACAAUGAAAGAGUUCAGUACGAUGAGCGAAGGAGCAGAUAGCACCAUGGUGGAAAAGGACAAGCUGGAGACCCAGAUGGGCACCAUGCUGAUCAACGAUGAAGAUGAGGAGGAAACGGGUACAAUGAAACAAUGUAGUGAGCCUGCAGAGCCAGCCAAACCCUCAUUCCUGGAAUAUUUUGAGCAGAAGGAAAACCAGUUUGGGACACCAGAAAAGACAACUCCAACCCCAUCUACAGACCCCUCAGAAUGGAAAAUACCACUUAAUGGAGACUAUAGCUUUCUGAAAGACUGGAGUGUAGGUGAGCUGCAGCUGAAACUGAAUUCUCUGGAUCCCAUGAUGGAGCGGGAAAUCGAGGAGAUCCAUCACAAGUACCAAGCCAAGCGCCAGCCGAUUCUGGAAGCCAUCGACUCCAAGAAACGUAGACAGCAGAAUUUCUGAAAGUUCUGACAUAUAUGGACCUCUGAUACACAUUCACCAUGACAUUAACUCAGGUUAUAUUGCUGUGACUUGCCAUUACAUGGAUUAGUACUUGAUUAUUAUUUUUUUAAAGACUUGGUACGUUUUCCAGUUGUUGUUUUUUAAGCAAAAAUGUUAUUUGAAAAGGCCGGUACAGAAUUUUUUAAAAAGUUCUAUAUUUUAAAACAAAUUACGUUUUCUAUAGCCCGAAUAGCCGAAGAGUUUUUACGCCGAUGUAAAUAAUUGUUUUGAUGUCAUGAUAUUUUUGGAGUAUCCAUUGUAAAAUAUGUACGUCCUUUGUUAAAUAAAACAAUCGAAUAAGA